GGCGCCAGAUAGAGCCUUGGCAAAGGAGAAGGAAAGAGAUUCACUUCUUCACCCGCCCACCCUCGCUCCUCCACUUCUUUUCUUCACCCAUUGUUCGUUCGCUGAAGCCGCUCUGGCUCUGAUUAAGUUCUCCCUGCUGGUUUUGUCUUUCGAGUUGAGCUAUUUUCAUUCUGAUUAUUUGUUUUAGCUUUUGUUUUGUCGCACCUUUCCUCUGCCAGCCCCCCCAGCCCCUCCUGUCUGUCCCGGCUGGACAAGAGAGUGAAGCAGAUGAGCCUGCCGGACGCUGGGGACCUUUGAUGUUAUCGAGUCGGCAGCGGCGGCGGCGGCUGCUCUGGGGUUGGUGUGCGUCCCAGCGCUCUGCUUCUCACAGGAAAGGCGAAACUCGCUGGCUAAUCAGCUGAUAAGCGAGCGCCGGCUGCAGCCGCCCUGCGCGCACGCUCGCCCCACGCUGCGCUGGCUCAGACCAGCACGCUUGUGAAGGACAUGGCGAGUUCAGUAUCUCAGGCCCAGCUUGACCUUUGACUUGCUUGUCCGAGGUGAGGAAGUCGCACCCUCCCAGACUAUUGUCCCAAUAUCUGCCUCUUUUUUUUUUUUUUAGAACAGAACUAUUUGGCCCCAGUCUGACACCACGGGCCCCUCGCUGACCCCCGACAAGUCGCCUGGUGUGUCUCUUCUCAGGCCUGGAACUUGCCCUCCAUCCAUUCACCUGAGCAGACGGGACUGCAGCCUGGGACUCCACUGGUGACCCACAUGUGACCCCAGCGGUUCCGAAACAAAGGACACAUGACUUGAACGUCAUAUGACCGAGCGUCUUCAAAGUGAUGCAGUGGUUGAGGCCAGAGAGGGAGAGCAACCCAGUCCUCGAACACAGCGGUGAUGAUCCCAUGGACUGGCUGCCAUUCUUUCUCUCCACUCUACUGUAGAGCUCCAGUGUGUUGAUCCCUCCCUCAGUCAAAGCAGCGCUGCUGUGGUGCGCCGCGCUCCUCUUCCCACACACUCACAACCAAGAAGCCGCUCACAUGCUUCAACAACUUCCAGCUGUUUCUAAAGCUGAUGCGCCUCUAACUGGACCACACUCUUUCACCACAGAACCAGGGAGGGAGGGAGCCACCACCAGGCCAAAGACUGUCUGCAGCGCAGAGCUAACAGAGCUAACGGCUAACCUGACCUGUCUGACUUCCACUCAACUGUAUUGAUGCUCAUGGACUGUCAACGUCUUCUCUGGGCUUUAAAAGGUGGCUCUGAACAACUAAACGCACCACCAAAUACAUGUGAAGAGAGGAAGAAUCACUGUUGUUAUGAAGCAAGUUCAGGCAGAGAAGCCAAGGAUUUGUCUGGAAACUACAGUCACAUCAUGCAAAAGAGAAGUGAUCCCAUCCAAACAGUGAUUUCAAGUCAGUCAACACAUCAAUGAAGCAUGAUCUAUUGAGCCAUAUUGCCGCCUCUUUCUGGACACAUGGGAAACAAAGACAUCUUCUGCCAUGUGUUUGUGCAAACAGCCUGGCAACAGAACAAGCCAGUGUCAGUAGCUGCAGUGUUUCACCAGUCGACAGGGAGUUUCUACAGGACUUGAAGCACCAGUGAGCUUUGGCCCAGGCUCCUGUGGUGCUGUCAACCAAGGCGCCGUGGCCAGAGAGAGGGUGAAGAACCCUGCUCUAACAGCAUGAACCACCCUCCAAGGCAGUGGGCCCUCCUCACUCGACAGACGGGCCACAUGAAUCCAAACGUUUCACCAGACGCCCUGCAGGAACACCCCCCGGCACGUCCUCCCACCCUGAGUCGGAGGAGUCACCCACGUCCAAGCUAAUAAGAGAGACAUCAUGUCCAUGUCCUGCCCACAGAGGUCGGCUUCCUUCCUUUCAUGUAGAUGGACACGUCUUUCCUCGCCGGCUUUGAAGAGAAACGUUGGGGCGCAGCAGAUGAGAAAGUGCUUGUUGCUCUUUGUGAUUGAGUGGCUCAGUGCCUCAUGUCCCUCAUCUCUUCCUCUGUGGCCAUCCUCAGGACCUGGCCCUGUGGAACCUUCCAGAGGGAGUCGGACGACUCCAGUGGUGCUCAGCAGGAGCGGCGUGACAGCAGCAGUGAGUCUCCAAACAGGAAGGCAGCAGCACAAGUACGGACCAGUCAAGGCCGGACACUGGGACCUUCACAUGUGCUGAGUCAACAUCGGCUGAGACCGUCGCGCACGCACACACACACUCGCGGGUUUUGUGGUCCCUGGUCAGUGAAGGUCACCACCAGAGUCCCCAUGCUUCCAUGGCUCUGUUUGUUAGAGAUGCUGCCUUUGUUCCCACAUUUACAUUGGUUCACAAAGUCCAAACUGCAGCCGCUUCUACUCAAGAGACCUCAGGUUCUGCUUGUGGUCCUAAUGACUCACAGCAAACGUGACUCUGGUGCCGUCGCCUGCUGCUUUGAGGUCACCGUGCAUGUCAGACCUGUCGCUGACCCGUGUGUGAGUGGUAGGUGAGUGCGCGUGCGUGGCGGGCCAUUGUUGCACGUCAUCUCGCUCCUUUGUGAGAGGCGUGUGCUGGCGGAGCGGGGGCGCGCACAGGAAGGGUGGGCAGUGUGUCCGGACGCUAAAAAGACCAAUGGCCGGUGCAAGGUGGUCAGCAGCGCUGCGGCUCCUCACUGGUCGCACCCUCAAGGGGAGGAGGACCAGAACCUCUGGUUGGAGAUCUGCUGCCGCCGGGCUCGGAGUUCAGGUGUGCCAGCGACAUUUCCCUCGGAGAGCGCGCGGCAAGCGACGCCACCCGCGCGUCACCGCUUCAGUCGGCUUGGACUCGACAGUGACUGCUUUGAAACGUUCUCGAUGGGACGCUCGCUCGCGACUGCUGGACCGGACCCGAUGUGACCGGGAUGCACGAGUGCGCCGCACCUGCGCUGACCCGCUGACCCCGCCCUGAUGAGGGGCUCCCGACUGGCCCGCGGCGGCCUGCUCUCCCUCUGGACCUGCGUGUGCCUGCUGCACGGCUGCGGACCCGGACCCGGCUACGGUGUCCGACCCCGCGCCAGGAAGCUGGCAGCAAUGCACUACAAGCAGUUCUUCCCAAACUUCUCCGAGAACAACCUGGGAGCCAGCGGCAGGGCGGAAGGCAAAGUCACGCGCAACUCGGACAGAUUCAAGCAGCUGGUGUGCAACUACAACCCGGACAUCGUGUUCAAGGACGAGGAGAACACCAACGCGGACCGCUUCAUGACCAAGCGAUGCAAAGAGAGCGUGAACCGCCUGGCCAUCGCUGUGAUGAACCAGUGGCCCGGGGUGCACCUGCGAGUGACGGAGGCCUGGGACGAGGACGGCCACCACCCGCCGGGAUCGCUGCACUACGAAGGCCGGGCCGUGGACAUCACCACUGACGACAGGGACACGGAGAAGUACGGGCUGCUGGCCCAGCUGGCCGUGGAGGCCGGCUUCGACUGGGUCCACUACGAGUCCAAGUACCACGUGCACUGCUCGGUGAAAGCUGAUCACUCUGUCGCCGUGGAGAAAGGCGGGUGUUUUCCAGGCCGGGCCCUCGUCACCGUCGCCGGCCGGGGUCAGGUGACCCUGGAGUCGCUCGCCGCCGGUGAAAGCGUCAUGGCGCUUUCUGCCACGGGUCAGGUGGUUUUCAGCCGAGUCAUCUCCUUCUUGCACCGGGACCCGGACACGUGGUCUACUUUUCUGUCUCUGAGCACAGACGAGGGCUACGUGCUCACCCUCACUGCCCACCACCUGCUCUUUCUCGACCCCCGCUGCGGGGCAAACACGGGCAGGUACCGAGCUCGAUUUGCCAGCAGAGCUGAACCCGGCGCCUGCGUCCUCAUCCGUCCGCCCGGCGGUCCGGUUCGUGCGUCCAGGAUCCGCUCGCUCUCGUCCCAGCGGGCAAUGGGAGUCUUUGCUCCUCUGACACUGGAGGGAACUCUGUUCGUGGACGGCGUCCUGGCGUCCAGCUACGCCCUCGUGGAAGACCACGUCCUGGCCCACUGGGCCUUCGGACCUCUGAGACUUUUGUCUCUGCUGCUGGUAGCGGACCAUUUGACACCGGCGCGUGGACAGAACAGGAACACGAGUGACCUUCAGACUUGUGGAUUGAAAGUUGAAUGGCAGUGGAAGCGCAGCAGCCAGACGCAGGCGCAGCAGAACCCCGGGAACACGGCAGGACUGCACUGGUACGCCAGGUUCCUCUACCUGCUUGGCUCAGUCUUUUUAGAGAAAAGCUUGUGUUAUCCUGAGAGAGUGGGGGCGCGGGCCGCAGCAGCUGACUGCACCGCCGCUCUGUCAGACCGCUGCGGACCUGCGCGCUCUUGCGUGCGUCUCUGAAGGAAGCGGGUCGCUCAGCCCACUGCUCUCUUGCUCUCUUGUUUACUGGAGGUUCAAGAGAUGUCGCGAGACUAGCUUAUAUUCCUGCUAUCAUAUUAAAGGUGGAGGCGGCGCGAGCGGAAGAGCGCCGCCUGAAGGCCGUUUGUUUUCAAGUGUUCCCUGUUAUCACUUUAUUCACGCGCUUGGAAGCUCGUCAUUUACCACAGGUGCAGGCUUUUGUUCCAACCAAGCGAGAGGACGCCGCCGACCAGUCACCAGGCCGGUGUCAGUGGAUGCUCCGUCAGGUGCUGACGCCCGUCUGGGCAGCACCCGCUGCGGCCCUCUCAGUUUGACACCCUUGAUUCAAAGCGCUUCCGUGGGCUCACGGGCGCCGCCUCGCGGUCAGGACGUGGAGGACACCACUGUGUCCGAGUGGUGGUGGUGGUGCUGAUGCCUGUUGGGCCGGCCAGUGUCAGUCCGGAGCUCUGCCCGGGGGCCUCCUGGCCCGCCGCCGUUUGGUGGCAUCACGUUUCAAUUAAAGUCUUGCUCUGUAUCGCACUCUCCUCAGUGACACGUGUGUUUAUUACAGCGCCAGAAGGGUUGUUUAUGUUUGAUUUCCCGCGGUGUUUCACUGUUUUCCCACCUUGAAAUCCUCGACCUGUACUUUGCUAGUGUGACCACACGAUGUCGCUGUAGCCCACUCGCUUGUCCGUUCCCGUGCGUGAGCGAGCGAGUGUUGCGCGGGCUCGUGCGUCAUCAGUGGCGUGCUCCUCUCCUGACAGAGGGGUGAUCUGGACCAUGGUCCGCUGCCGUCUCAUCCCGAGCCGAUCAUCUGGUGUCCACCACUUCAGAGGAGGCCAGGGUCCGCGCCAGUGCGCGCCGCUGCUCCGUGGCGCACAUCUGUGGAAGUCCUCCGAGGGAUUAUCCUCGCGGAAGCAGAUGGAGCAGGACUCCCGCUGAUGACGGACCAAUGAGCGGCGGCCAGCAGCCUAAUCCCUCCCUUUAUCUGACGGCAGCAGCCAAUCGGGUGCCAGGCCUCUCAGCUCUAAUCCAAUCUUGCUAAAGCUGAAUGGGGAGCGAACUAAUCCCGUCCAGGCGCUGUAAGAACCUCUUUUCUAGAUGAAAACCUGCACGCGCUCUCACCGUGCGUGAGUGUGGGCUCCAGUCAACUCUCUCCACUGAGUGGAGAGAGUCACCCACAGGUCAGCAGAGGGUCCCAGACCUCUGCCUCC